AUGGCCAGCACCGCCGCAGCAUGUAUUUUCUGCAAAAUCAUCAAGGGUGAAAUCCCUUGCUUCAAGCUCUUUGAAAGCGAAAGGGUGUUGGCCUUUCUCGACAUCCAGCCUUUGAGCCGUGGACAUGCGCUCGUCAUCCCGAAGUAUCAUGGUGUUAGGCUCACUGAUAUCCCCGAUCAAGACCUCCAUGAACUCUUGCCUGUAGCCAAGAAAAUCGCUCUCGCUGCCGGUGUUUCAGACUUCAAUAUCCUCCAAAACAAUGGCAAGAUUGCCCAUCAGGUCGUUGAGCACGUCCAUGUCCACAUGAUUCCCAAACCCAACGAAACCGAAGGUCUUACCAUAGGUUGGCCAGCAAAAGCCACUGAUAUGGACUCUCUGACAGCGCUUUACAAUGAGCUCAAGUCGAAGAUGUAA